UAUCUUGAAAUAAAUAUGGAUGUACAAAUUGAAGAAAAUAAUGUAUUACAUUUAUGCAACGUAUGCAAUUUGUAUUUUGAUAAUAAUACUGAUUUAAUUCAACAUACAACAAAUGAGAAUUGUACUAAAAAAAACAAGAAAAUAUUACAAAAACAAACUAAACAUAAGAAAAAAAAUGUUAAGCAUUAUUGUGAUAUUUGUUGUAAAAAUUUCGCAAGCCUUAUAUCUUUUAAAGCACAUAUGAAAGCUUUUCAUGGUGAGUCUAAUUUAAAAAAAGAUGGAUCAAUUUUUAAAUCAAAAAGUUAUUUCUUUGUGCAAAAAAAAACAAUAGAUGGUAUUGGAAGUUCAGAUAUUUUCAAUGAAUUUGAAAAUCAAAUGCCGCUAGAAUUGAAGAAUGAUCAGUUUAGAUGUAAUGUGUGUAAUAAAGUAUUUGACAAUUCCGUUGAUUUUGUGGGACACGAAAAAACUCAUUAUCAAACUCUCGUAAAUGGCAAUUCUAGCAUUUCUCACAAUUCUGUGACACUUGAUGAUAAUAUGGAUUUGAACACUUAUGAUGAUGAUGAAAAUGGUACAAUUGCAAAUGCCUCCAAUAAUGAUCAAUCUUUGAACAUCUUGAAUGAUGAUUGUACAAUUGCUAGUACUUCCAAUAAUGAUGAUAAAUCUUUAAACAUCUUAGAUGACGGUACAAUUGCAGAUGCCUCCGAUAAUGAUAAAUCUUUGAACAUCUUGGAUGAUGAUUGUACAAUUGCUAGUACUUUCAAUAAUGAUGGUACAAUUGCAGAUGCCUCCAAUAAUGAUAAAUCUUUGAACAUCUUAGAUAAUGAUGGUACAAUUGCAGGUACUUCCAAUAAUUAUUAUGAAUCUUUAAACAUCUUAAAUGAUGGUUAUACAAGUUCAGAUAUUUUCAGUAAUGGCAGUAGUGAUGAGUCCUUGGACUUCUAUGAUUCUUCAAAUUUAGAUGCUAGUAAUAAUAAAAUUAUGUGUAACUCAAAUGAAGGUGUAUUCACUAUAGCAUCCGAUUUUGAAGAACACCAACAAUAUAAUAUUGAUGAUAAUCUAAGAAUUUUUAGGAAUCAAACCAAUUUAAUAUUCUGUGAACCAAAUGAAGACAAUAUAGACACUAACACUAAUAGUUACCUUAAUAGUAAUGUAAAAUCCCCUCAAAAAGAUUCAUGGAUACCUGACGAAAAUCAUAUGAAAGCAUUAAAUGAAAUAUGUGUAGACCAACAGCCAUUUGAUUGUGAAAUUUGUCAUGAAACUUGUGAACAAUUUGAUCAUUACCAAAUCCAUCAAUGGUGCUCAUUUAAUGAAAUUUUAAAAUGUAAUGUUUGUAAUCAAAAAUUUUCUGACAAAGAAGAACUAAAUCUUCACGAAUAUGAACAUGUAAAAACGCAUUUUUGUUAAUAAGAUUUAUAUUUAAAAAAAUAUAAUAAAGUGUAAAUUAAUGUAAA